AUGGCAGGAGUAACCCCCUGCUUGCUUCCCAUCAAACUCAAAGGGAAGAAUGAGGGAUUGGUAUCAAGCUUGAAGAUGCCGUAUUGUGAGAAGACGGUAGAUGAAAUGCCGUGCUGUAAGAUGGUCGACGAGAUACUAUUAGGUCUCUUAUCCGAUACUGAGGAGCUCUGCUUCCCUGAGUUUGAAAUCCUGGACGAUUUCGAAAAUUGCGACCUCAUGGUUCUGGAGCAAUGUACUGAGGGGUGUGGGUACAUGGAGUUGAUCGAUCUCAAUGGGUCACUGAAUCUUGAGUCUGGUUUCCGUGCAGAGAAGAACGAUAGUCUGGAAAACUCGGAGGACUCGGAGGACGAAUGCUGGUCCAUGGCCGUGAACAUCGAAGACAAAGAUCUACGAACGGAACACGGAGCCUGGUCUUGGUUCCAGUCGUUUAGAAAUCCUGCCAUUGUGAAGGUUGAUACAGGGCAAAAUUUGAGGUAUUGCGUUCAGGUGCUCGGUUCGUUACUUGGAGCUUUGUGGGAUAUUGUUCAAUCCUUGAUUGUUGAGCGACUGUAG